AACAACUCGCAGCCCGCAGCCAUGGACAAUCCCUUGCUAGCAGAGAAGAAACAAAGUACUUUGUCUCCGGGCCUUUUGGCCAUGGUUGCUGGAGCUUUCUUUUUUUCGCUCAUGGCACUGAUCGUCAAACUUUUGAACAAAUUUGGCACCUAUGAACUUGUUUUCUGGCGCUCAGUCUUCAUGUUUGCAGGCACUAUGUCGAUUUUGGCCGCAAAGCGAAUCAAUCCACUGGGCCCUGCAGGGAGCCGUGUGUUGCUGUGGAUCCGAGCUGCAGCAGGCUUUGGCUUCAUGAGUGGUUAUUAUUAUGCAAUCCAGCAUUUGCCGCUCAGCGAUGCUGUGGUUAUCACCUACACCAGUCCGGUGAUCACUGCGAUAGCAGCUGCGCUCCUCUUGGGAGAGGCCUGGGGCAAGUUGGAUGCCCUCGGAAGUGUCCUUUGCAUGUUGGGAGUGAUGCUGAUCAGUAAGCCGGGCUUUGUGAUGAGUGCCUUCGGCUUUCCUGCAGAGCCCAUUCCAUUGAAUGGCCUCAUUGGGGCUGUGCUGGCUGCUGUAAUGAGUUCUGCGGUCUAUUUGCUGGUGCGUGUGUUGAAAGGUGUGCAUCCCAUAGUUUUCGUGAACUAUUUCGCAGCUGCUGGCAUCAUUCUUGGCCCCAUCAGCAGCUAUUUGGCAGGUGAGACUUGGUCCUGGCACACCAAGAAGGAUUGGCCACUCCUGGUCCUUUUGGCCGUGUUCUCUGUGGCUGGCCAAGCCCUCAUGAAUUUGGGCCUCACUUUAGAAACUGCCGCCAAGGCUACGGCCAUGAACUACUCUCAGGUGGUCUUCGCCUUCAUCUUUCAAACUUUGCUGUUGCAUGAGCCCACUGAUCCUUUAAGCGUCACCGGCUCCCUGAUGAUCGCCAUGUGGGGCCUCAUCGCUCUGGUGAAGGACAGCGGAAGCGAAAAGAGCGACCAGAAGAAUGAGGCCACAGUGCCGCAGAUGAUGCUGAACCGACGCAAUUCCUUUGAGUUGGAACACCGCGAUUCGGAGUUCGAUUGUCACUGAGUCAGCUGUUUUUGAGCUGGCUGAUGUGCUGUGGUUUCAGCUUCCACGGCUGUUGGGCAAUGGCCACGGCUGUAGGAGACAUGACGAGAAAUGUAUAGUUUCUGCACCUAGGAGAUCCGCAGAAUCUGGAGGCGAUGAUGUUCCAAGCAAUUGGAUUGAUGUCAGCCUUUGCAGGGAGGAAAUGGGAGGAACAUGUUCAACAUGUUCUUUCUUUUGAAGCACGCAUGAAAUGCAGCGUCUCGUGUCCAGAAAUAAACAGCAGCUUAUUGUUGAUUUUUAGGUUAGAUUUCCUGCUGAAGGCCUGCAUGGAUCUAGCUUGAGGUUCACGUUCCAAAUAUAGUUUUGUCAAGGCUGGACUUUGUGAACGUGUCCGCCACAAGUUUCAAACUCUUGUUGAAUGCGGCGACAACAAGA